UUUCUCUAGGGUUUCAGUGGCAAUGGCGACGGCUUCAGCGCAGGGGCCAACGACGAAGAGGAAGCCAAUCUUCACCAAGGUCGAUCAGCUCAAGCCUGGAACCAAUGGCCACACGCUCACGCUUAAGGUUCUCAGCUCCAAGCCGGUGCCGCAGAAGAUCCGCCCCGCUACCUCCCAACUCCGCCAAACCCGCAUCGCCGAGUGCGUCGUCGGAGACGAGACCGGAACCAUCAUCUUCACCGCCCGGAACGACCAAGUUGAUUUAAUGAAGCCAGACGGCACUGUGAUUGUCCGCAACGCAAAGAUCGACAUGUUCAAGGGAUCAAUGAGGUUGGCAGUCGACAAAUGGGGUCGUGUCGAGGUUACUGAACCUGCUACCUUUACAGUAAAAGAAGACAACAAUCUGUCUCUGGUGGAAUAUGAGCUGGUUAAUGUCGUCGAAGAAUGAACAAAAACUAUUUAGAAAGCCUUUUUUACAGGCUUUAAUCUAAUAUCGUCGGUCAAUAGCUAUAUGUCAUCGCAAAAGCUGAAUUGUCACUAUAACAUACAAAAUCUCGAAGAAGCUAGCUAUGCUCAUGUUAACCGUAUUAUUUAUUCGAUGGCGUAGAGUUUGGGGAUAUAAAACAUAUAAAGAAAUGUUAGCGAUGAGUAACGCUAUUGUAUUGAAUAGGCUUUUCUAAUUGAAUCUAUAUCAUAUAACA